UCAGUGUGCCCUGAUGAUCAAUGUGGCCCUAGAAGUGCCACCUGUCAGUGCUCAUCAGUGCCAUGUGCCAGUGCGCAUCAGUCCCACUUACCAGUGCCCAUCAGUUCCACAUAACAGUGCACAUCAAUGCCACAUAUCAGUGCCCAUCUGAGCUGCCUUUCAAUGUCAACCAUCAGUGCCAGUCGGUGCCACCUAUAAAUGCCCAUCAGUGGCACCUAUCAGUGCUGCCAAUCAGUGCCACCUAUCAGUGCCAGUCAGUGCCGUCUAUCAGUGCCAGUCAGUUCCGCCUAACAGUGCCAGUCAGUGCUGCCUAACAGUGCCAGUCAGUGCCACCUGUCAGUGCUGCCUAUCAGUGCCGCCUAUCAGUGCC